AUGAAGAAGGAGGAACCAGCAGGAGAAUUCCAAGUCAAAGCGAAUGAAGUGGAAAAGAGUGUGGCAAAGCCUCUAGCCAGAGUGGACACCGUAUGUCACCCAUCCAAACAAUUCACAUCAUGGAGAAACCUUAUAAAUGCCAGGGAGUGUGGAGUAGACUUUCGUCAAUAUAGUUUCAGAAGCCUCACUUCCCACAUCAAAUCAUUCACACCAGGGAAGAAACCAGCUACAAAUGCCUGGAGUGUGGAAAGGGCUUCAGUUACAGUACAAGCCUCUGUUCCCAUCAAAAAAUUCACACAGGGGAGAAACCAUAUAUGUGCCAGGAAUGUGGAAAAAGCUUCCGUGAGAGUACACACCUCACUAUCCACCGAAGGAAGAAUUCACACAGGGGAGAAACCGUACAAAUGCCUGGAAUGUGGAAAAAGCUUCAGUCAGAGUGGAAACCUUACUUCCCAUCAAAGAAUUCACACAGGGGAGAAACCGUACAAAUGCAUGGAGUGUAGGAAAAGCUUCAGUCAGAGGGGACGCCUUACUUCACAUCAAAGAAUUCACACAGGGGAGAAACCGUACAAAUGCAUGGAGUGUGGAAAGGCCUUCAGAUUCAGAAUGGACACCUUUACUUCACAUCAAAGGAAUUCACAGGGAGAAACCAUAUAAAUGCCUGGAGUGUGAAGGACAGGUUUCAGUACAAGUGGAAGCCUAACUUCCCAUCAAAAGAAUACACACAGGGGAGGAAACCAUACAAAUGCCAGGA